AGCCCUGUCAAAAUUUGCAAAAAAGUUUUUACCACACACUCUCGCGUCAAUCAAAUCCCCAACAACGCGUAGUAUUAAUGUGUUAGAAUUUAAAUAGGCAUUAAGCAAAUUAUUGUGCGAAUUGUGACAGAGAGCGAGCUAAAGCGUGCUUACACUACUGCCAGCUGACUGAAGAAUGGAGGCGCUUAUUCCAGUUAUCAACAAAUUGCAAGAUGUCUUCAACACCGUCGGCUCUGACUCAAUACAAUUGCCGCAAAUUGUUGUACUCGGCAGUCAGAGUUCAGGCAAAAGUUCUGUCAUCGAGAGCGUAGUGGGACGCUCGUUUCUGCCACGAGGCACAGGCAUUGUGACGCGUCGUCCGCUGGUGCUGCAGCUGAUUUACUGUCCACUCGAAGAUCGCGAGCAUCGCUCAGCAGAGAAUGGCACUGUCAAUGCAGAAGAAUGGGGACGCUUUCUGCACACAAAGAAGUGCUUCACGGACUUCAAUGAAAUCCGCCACGAGAUCGAGAACGAAACGGAGCGAGUGGCGGGCAACAACAAGGGCAUCUGUCCGGAGCCCAUUAAUCUAAAGAUAUUCUCGACACGCGUUGUCAACCUGACCCUGGUCGAUUUGCCAGGCAUUACCAAAGUGCCCGUCGGGGAUCAGCCCGAGGAUAUUGAGGCGCAGAUUAAGGAUUUGGUUGUCAAAUAUAUUGAGAAUCCCAAUUCGAUCAUUUUGGCCGUGACGGCGGCCAAUACUGACAUGGCCACCAGCGAGGCGCUCAAGCUGGCCAAGGAUGUGGAUCCCGAUGGCAGGCGCACACUGGCCGUGGUCACCAAACUGGAUCUCAUGGAUGCCGGCACCGAUGCCAUUGAUAUUCUCUGCGGACGUGUCAUACCCGUCAAACUGGGCAUCAUUGGUGUGAUGAAUCGAUCGCAACAAGACAUCAUCGAUAAGAAGGACAUUGAUGAACAAAUGAAGGACGAGGCGGCUUUCCUGCAGCGCAAGUAUCCCACAUUGGCCACACGCAACGGCACACCCUACCUGGCCAAGACGCUGAAUCGGCUGUUGAUGCAUCACAUACGCGACUGCCUGCCCGAUCUUAAGACACGUGUGAACAUAAUGUCCACACAAUUCCAAUCGCUGCUGAAUUCCUACGGCGAGGACGUGUCGGACAAGAGCCAGACGCUGUUGCACAUCAUAACGAAGUUCUCCAGCGCCUACUGCUCCACGAUUGAGGGCACCGCGCGGAAUAUCGAGACGACAGAGCUGUGCGGCGGCGCGCGCCUUUGUUACAUCUUUCAUGAGAUCUUUGGGCGCACACUGGACUCGAUACACCCGCUGGCGGGCUUGACCAAAAUGGACAUCCUGACAGCCAUACGCAAUGCAACGGGUCCGAGGCCGGCGCUGUUUGUGCCCGAGGUCUCAUUCGAGCUGCUGGUGAAGCGGCAAAUCCGACGCCUAGAGGAGCCUUCGCUGCGCUGCGUGGAGCUCAUACAUGAGGAGAUGCAGCGCAUUGUGCAGCACUGCGGCAACGAGGUGCAACAGGAGAUGCUGCGUUUCCCCAAGCUGCACGAAAAGAUUGUCGAUGUGGUGACGCAGCUGUUGCGUUGUCGUCUGCCCGCCACCAAUGUCAUGGUCGAGAACAUUGUGGCCAUCGAACUGGCGUACAUCAAUACCAAGCAUCCCGACUUCCACAAGGAAGCCGCACUGGUGCCCAGCCUACUUAAAACCGACAGUGAUCCCUUCGUACAGUCGCGCCGAACGAAUACGCCACGUAAUACAAUGUCGCCGCAGGUCUCCUCCCACAAUUCGAUGUCGCAGAGCCAACAACCGUCACAACAACUGCUGCAGACACAGCAGCAGCAGCAGCAACAACAACAACAGCAGCAACAACAACAGCAGCAGCAACAACAACAGCAGCAAAAUGAUGCACAUGAGCAACAGAUUUCUACAACGUUUUAUGGGCUGCUUUUGUCAAGGAAUCACAACGGCGAUAACUCAGCGGGCUCUUGGCUAUCAAAUAUUUUACCACCCGCGCCCAAUCGUCCCGAUAGCAUUGAGAACUCGGCUAGCAAUACGCCAGUUCAUAAUAAUAUAACUCCACUGAAGCCGGUUAAUCUGCUGCCCGAUGUGCCGCAGAUGGCUAAUCCCCGCCGACUCACUGACAAGGAGCAAAGGGAUUGCGAUGUCAUUGAGCGGCUGAUUAAAUCUUACUUCUAUAUUGUGCGCAAAUCCAUACAAGACUCCGUACCAAAGGCGAUUAUGCACUUUUUGGUCAACUACGUUAAGGACAACCUUCAGAGUGAGCUAGUCACACACUUGUAUAAGUCGGAUAAGGCUGAAACACUUCUCAACGAGUCCGAUCACAUUGCAGUGCGCCGAAAAGAGGCGGCGGAUAUGUUGAAGGCUCUCACUCGGGCGAAUCAUAUUAUUAGCGAAAUACGAGAGACUCACAUGUGGUAGAGAGUGCCC